AGGGCGAAGGGCACAUUUUCCUUUUCCUCAUCUGGUAUACCUUUCCUCGCUUGCGGAACGAAUCAAAUAAAAGGAAAAGAUGAAGACACGACAAGGAAUUCUCAUUCCAUUCCCCAGGCGCGCAUUAUUUAAAGGCGAUCGAUCCCCACGCAGACGGCGGCCGUGGUGCGGAUCAGCUCAGCCAUGAAAGCGCUUCUCUGCCUUCGGGCUGCCGUGCCCACCGUGAUUUGCGCUUCCAAAGCAAACACCGGCACCGGCUUCGGCUUGCUCGGCCGCUGCCUCAGUCUCAGCUUUCCCCGAUCGACCGGCCCCUUCAUCCGGUCGGCGCCAUUGUGCAGCUGCUCCAUGAAACCGCCGACUCCUACUACGCCGACUCCAGCCUCGGAGGACCCCGACAGCGAUCAGGAUGGGCAGGAUGUAGAGAUCGCACAGGGGAACAGCUUGUGGAUGGAGCCAUGGGAGAUGUUGCUUGAUCAUAUCUUUGGUCCGCCAGACAAGCUAGUGGUCCAAUUGUUGGAUCCCGUUAAAGAACUGGGUUUAGUAAUCGGGAACACAGAGUACAAUGCCUUAUUAGCUCUAGUCCAAGUAUACUUCAAUCUGAAAGACUAUGAGAAUGCUAAAAUUAUCCAUGACAUGAUUCGGAAUGCCAAACAACAUAGUGAACUGGACUCGAGGCCGCAUCUUCUUGAGGCUAUUCUUAACUUGACAUUGGCAGUGGAGAAGUUGCAACAAAGAAAAAUUACAGAGAAUGGUGCCAGGGAGUUGAUUGAGAAUGCCAAAGAAUCGUGGGGACGUUACAAGGAAUUGAAGGAGGAGGGCUUCGGACUUCAAGCACCACCAGAGGCGGAGGAUUGAAUAGGACAUAGAUCUUUCUAUGCCUUUUGUUCCACAAAUGGUGGUCAUAAUCUUGCAUGGUCAAGCAUAAUUCUGUCUCACCUGAACUCAAAUCAUGUUUCUUCUUCUUCUUCUUUAUCUUGUUCUGUCAAUUGCAUACUGAAAGAUAGGCGGGUCGCGAUGCAAAUGAGAGUUUGAUUAAAGCUAAAGACACAUGGAAUACAAUUUCAGAAUGUGUUAACUUGGUCAA